UUCAUAAACAAAUAAUGAAAAAACAAGUGCUUUUUUCGUUUUUUCAUUUUGGAUUCUCAAUUGAAUAUCAAAUAAACGAAUGAUACACGGACCCUCGUGCCUAUUUCAAUUUGGAUAUUUUAUUCUCUCUGGUUUCUAUGCCCCGGAAGUUAUGCAGCUAUGCUGCCUAGCGCGUAUUUUAAGUUUUUGGAUGCAUCAGUCUGUAUCGGUGGAUGUUAUUCUACCAUGGCUGCCAUUUAGAUCCAUGCUAAAUACAUGAAAGAGUUGUUUGGAGCAGGCAAAACACAUGCAGAAAUUUCCGCCACACUGAAGAAAAAUGGAAUUAAGAUGUGUUCACAAUGGGUAUUCGAAGAUUUUGUGAGAAACACAACCUAAGACGCAAAGGAUUGGUUACCGAUGCAGAGUUGGAAAGAGCUGUUAUGGGCUCGAUAGGUGAGACAGGCCCAUUGUAUGGCCGUAAGUUCACGACUGGGUACCUGGCAACGAGGGGAGUGCGUGCAGCAGAACGUCGAGUCGGGAAGGUACUGGGAGAUAUCCAUCGGCCGUACCAUGAGCAACGAUGUCAGGGUGCGCGAAAUCUGAGUCCCGUCCCCUAUCAAGGCUGCUACAUGGGCCAUCAACUACAUAUGGACCAAAAUGAAAAAUUAGUGAUGUUUGAGGUGACUCAUGUCCUAGCCGUGGAUGGCUACAGUGGUAACAUCGCUCAUUCCAGUAUGCCUGUUAAAAACAACCUUGUCAUCUAUGAGGAAGUUUACAGAUCUGCAGUGAUCCGUCAUGGGAUGUGGGAUCAAGUACGCGUUGAUCAUGGAAGGGAGUUUUUUUACAUGUGCCUGUACAUGCAAGAGAGGUUAUCAGGACGAAGACACAACACCAGUGGCCCACCAUACCGACAAACCACAUCUACAAUGAAUCAUCGGGUGGAGAGGAUAUGGUCAGAGGUAAACCAACGAGUUAAUUAUCCACUUAAAGAAGCCCUAAUUCAGCUGCAGGACCAAGAACUAAUUGAUAUGGAGGAUGAUUUAACCAAAUACUGCACCUCAAACCUUACCCGCACGUUAAGUGAGAUUGGCUUAUGCAGAAUGAUUCAAGCAUGGAAUGCCCACAGAGUGCCAGGACGUGGGACCCAAUGACCUGGCAGCAGGUGGCUGUCCUGUCAAAAUCGCAGAGGCGCUGCUUCCCAGUGCCUCUAUCGUGGCAAAAAUGUAUGAAGCGGAGUUGUGUUCCUCGCUGACUUUGACAAUUUGCAAAUGACCCCUUUCCAUCUGAGGAGGACAAAUGUCGUGCGGAGGAGAUGUUUGCACACCUAUACCCUGAUGUCUCUGUGUUGUUUAAUGAUGCUGUAAAUGACAACUACAUAGCGCUUCAAAACGCGCUGUGCAACCUUAUAGAUGUUACCCAAAGGCAGAUAUAAAUACACCUGUGUCCCCAGUUGUUAGUGUAUGGCUAGAAUUCUUGCCUGUUUUGUAAAAAUAAAAAUAUUUUCUUUUUUUCUUUAAUGGAUUAAUGGAAGUGCAGUAUCAAAAAUAAAGUGCAGCAUCAAAAUACAUAAUACAAUGGCUGUUUAACAAUUGGAACAUUUUCUCUGAUAGGACAGAAACAUUUAAAGUGCAAAUCUGGUGUAGAUUGAUGCAUAGACCUUUGAGGUCACCUGGUGCUGUACAUAGGAAAUUGAACAAGGAAUUUUGGCACAGCUUAGACUGAAAUAUGGACAGGGAUGUAAAGCUGUUUUAAUGGGACAUAGAACCUUUGAUUCUGUUGCCCAUUAGGUCAGCUUUACUUCACUUCCCAUAGUUCCGUCUAUGUUGUUUUCUUGUUCAAUUUCCAAUGUACAGCACCAGGUGGCCAACAACAGGCAGGGGCGCCUUAAUACCAC